CGACGCAGCUUUUAAGAGGCUGCGCGGGCUGGAGAGGCGGCACGCCAGGCCUGCGAGGGGACCCGCGCCAUGGAGACCGCCUGGGACUACGCAGGAGCCCUCCUCAGGCCCCUGACAUUUAUGGGAUCACAGACCAAGCGAGUCCUGCUCACCCCUCUCAUGCAUCCAGCCCGCCCCUUCCGAGUCUCCAACCAUGACAGGAGCAGCCGGCGAGGGGUGAUGGCCAGCAGCCUGGAGGAGCUCCUCUGCAAGACUCUGGAUGUCCUGGUCAUCACUGCUGGACUGGUCACUCUGGUCCUGGAGGAAGAUGGCACCGUGGUAGACACAGAAGAGUUCUUCCAGACCCUAGGAGACAACACGCAUUUCAUGAUCUUGGAAAAAGGACAGAAGUGGACUCCGGGUAGUAGGUAUGUCCCAGCUCGCCAGCAGCCAAAGAAAUCGGGGAUUGCAAGGGUCACCUUUGAUUUAUACAAGCUGAACCCCAAGGACUUCAUCGGCUGCCUCAACGUGAGAGCCACGGUGUAUGAGAUGUACUCUGUGUCCUACGACGUCCGGUGCACUGGGCUCAAGGCCCUGCUGAGGAGCUUGCUGCGGUUCCUGUCCUACACUGCCCAGGCAGCCGGACAUUUUCUUGUCUACAUGGGCACAUGCAUGCUCCGAGUGCUGGGUGACACAGAAGAGCGGCCCUCCCUUGCGUCACACGCCUGGGGCUGGUUCACGUACGGAAAGGGCUGCGGGCUGCAGAGGGCUCAGCCUGCUUCCUGACCCAAAUGCUCUCUGGCGUGACAGUUUCGAAGAUGCUUUAAUGUUCUUAACCACAUGCACUUGCAGGCUGCUGCCGCUCAGGGGUGGUGUCAGGUGACCGAGAGGGUGUGAUGACACCUGAGGUGGGGUAGUGAGGCGGGGCGGGGCCUCCGCAGGCCGCAGGGCAGGACCAACCUGCAGAGCCUGGACCCCUUUGGUGCCUCAGCGCCUGCAGUGAGCCCAGCGCAAGAAUCACUCUUCUAGCAUGUAAUGCUUCCUUGUGUCCUCCGUCUCUCUAAAAAGCAAACAAUACUUUUAUAUAGAAGCAAAUCUCAGCCAGAAAUGUCCUGCUAACAGCUAUAAUCACUUUUAAGUCUUUAACAUACUUGAAAAUAUUGAGCUGUCAAAUGUUA